CCCUACAAAGCCGCAUCGCCUCCAGCUACCCGCCGUUCCCUCCAUGCCAUUCCCCCGAGCCAUUCCCGCCGUGACGCCGUAGCCGCGCCUGCAUGCGCGCGCGCGCGUAACCAGGAGGAACCAGCUAGCACCGGGCUGUGUCCGGCCGGCCGGCGAUGGGGUGCACCAGCUCGGUGGAGGCGCGGCGCGACAUGCGCUGGGUGGAGGCGGCGGCCGUCGGCCCGCGCGCGAGGCGGAGCUUCUCGCUGUCGUCCGCCGACCGGCAGCGGCUGCGGGCCAAGGCCGCGUCCGUGCUGCGCAGCCUCGGCCCCGUCCCGGGCCGGCGAUCCGGCGCGUCGUCGAGCAAGUACGCGACCCUGUCGGUCGAGGAGAUCAUGGUGAAGUUCGAGAAUGACCGCGCCUUGCGGGAGGUGCUCGCCCGUCUCAAGGAGACGGCGGCGGCGGCGGCGAAGCGGAAUGCCGCCGUCGGGCCUAGGACAAGCACGCCGACGCUGACGCCGCCCAACGAGCCGGAGGUGAUCAAUGCGUGGGAGCUCAUGGCCGGGCUCGAGGACGAGGGGCCCACGCCGCGGGCAACGCAUCAUGAGCCCCCGCCGACGACGCCGCCGUGGAUGCUGGCCGACCAGGACGUGCCCGUUGCCUUCGAGUUUGACCCGGAGAUACUGUCCAGCUUCCGGGAGGCCCUCGCGCAGGACACGUCGCCGUCACAGCAGCCGAUCACGGCCAGCUCGCCCACGGACAAGGAGGAAUCGGCGUCGCAGCAACAGGCGAAGGUCGCCGACGACGCCAGUGCAUGCACGCCGGUGUCGCCGCCCACCAGGGACACCGCGAGCUCACCCGCGGACAAGGAGAAGGAGGAACCUGCGUCGCAGAAGGAGAAGAAGGACGGCGCCGACGCAAGCGCAUGCACGCCGGCCUCGGCGCCCACCAGGGACAUGCCGGAGCUCGCCGGCAUCGUGCGCGCCCGCAUCAACGCGUUCCAAGAAAAGAUCCAAGAGCGGAGGACGAGCAACGGCGCCCGCGACACCAAGGUGUUGGGGCCGCCGGGCGGCAGGCGGAGGGCGGUGGUGUACUUCACCAGCCUCCGCGGCGUGCGCAAGACGUUCGUGGACGGCUGCAGCGUGCGCAACAUCCUGCGCAGCUACGGCGUGCGCCUGGACGAGCGCGACGUGUCCAUGCACGCCGCCUUCAAGUCCGAGCUGGCCCAGCUCCUCACCGGCCCCGCCACCACGCUCCCGCGCGUGUUCGUCGACGGGCGGUACCUGGGCGGCGCCGAGGACGUGCAGGCGCUGCACGAGGCCGGCGAGCUCUCGCGCGCACUGGAGGGGUGCGACGCCGCGCCAGUGCGCAAGCUCGGGUGCAUGCAGGCGUGCGCGGCCUGCGGCGACGUCCGGUUCGUGCCCUGCGAGACGUGCUACGGCAGCUGCAAGAUCUUCGUCCAUUACGAGGAUGACGACGACGACGGCGAGUUCCAGCGGUGCCCGGACUGCAACGAGAACGGCCUCAUCGGAUGCCCCGUCUGCUGCUGCUGAUGCUCUGUUUUUUUCCGUUACAGUCUACCGUAGGCUAAAGUUCUCCUGCUGUUCUAGUUGCUUCUACUUUGUACAGUGUGAAGAGCAUUUACAGAAGAAUCCUACUAUAUCCGGCAAGAGGUUUUGCUUA